AAUAAAUGUAUUCAGACACAAACACAAUGCUCUUCUAUUUACGGCCGGGGUCGACUUUCAUUGAUGGAACUUGGGUAGGUUUUUAUGCUGGAUCCAUCUUGGUUAGAUUCAAAUGAACACUAGAUUGAAAUGGAGUUUGAGAGGUUUUCACAUAUUCUUGUCAAAACAGAGCCAAUGACUGAGUCAAGCACAAUUCAAAAUGCACGUCUAUCCGGCGCAACUUCUCAGAUGUCUUAUAGAACCUCUACAAGGUCUAGUGAUGAACACGGAUUUCUAGAUUUGACUUCUACUGAGACGCUUCUUCCCAGCGAACGCACUCAGAAGUAUUUUACUAACGACGUAAGCUCUCAAAAGGUCAACGAAUCCAAGUCGUGGAUUGAAAGAGAGAUUCGGUCACGGGAACAACGCAUUGAUACUACUACAGUGCAUACAAACACGAGUAAUGCUGAAAGCAGCUAUAUUUCUUUUCCUGCUUAUAGACCAGAGUUGCUAGGCUCAAGAACAGAGCGUUUGUCGUCAGAUAGUGAAUAUUCAGAUAAUGAUAACGAUAUAUGCAAGAGCAAUUUGACGCAAGUGGCCAAUACAGAAAGUCCUCGUGAUAUUUCUAGUCCUAUAGGACUACCAGUGAGUACAGURCAUCAUCGAGAAAAUUUCUCAGAACAACGRUAUCUUAUCCCAAGUAUUCCCACCAAUACACAGAACGGAAUUAAUGUUGUGUUUCAAAAACAUGACAAGGAAACUUAUCCGAAAAUAUCUAAAGCACAAAGUGUUAUAACAAGGCCUGACUUAAGUCUAGCAGAUCGUCCUGAGCAUGAGRACWUGUACAGAAAGGCCCGCAGUCCCGAUGCUAUAUCUUCGUCUGUUUCAAUGGUUUAUCCAGGCUCCCUUUUCUCGAAACAAAGUCUUAUUAGUAUAGGAAGAGAAGAGACAUUUUUGCGUCGCUCCCCUGAGAUUUACGGCAAAGGGGGGAGCGCGUCAGUUGACUCAGAGGACGUGGUUCUUACAUGCAGUUGGAUAAUAACCAACCAACACAUGAGCGAGUUGUGUGGACGAAUAUUCUACCGUGUUGAAGACCUAGUCUCACAUAUCACUGAUAUACAUUUAGUUAAUGGAUCCAUUACUGGCUUUGUAUGCAGUUGGAAAGAUUGUCCAAGGAAUGGACUUCCCUUCAAAGCAAAGUACAAGUUGAUCAACCACAUAAGAGUUCAUACUGGAGAAAAGCCUUUUACGUGCUCCGUUCAGGGAUGCGGGAAAAGCUUCGCCCGCGCGGAAAACUUGAAGAUUCACAUACGAACUCACACAGGCGAGCGGCCUUUUGCGUGUGAAUUUAAAGGAUGUGAAAAAAGGUUCGCGAACUCAAGCGAUAGACGAAAACACAUCCAUGUACACACGCUUGAAAAGCCGUACUCUUGUAGAUUUGCAGGUUGCGAAAAAAGCUACACUCAUCCUAGCUCUCUUCGUAAACACAUGAAAAUACAUGGUGUUAAGCCUUGUAGCAGUACUAGAACGUUCCACGAUGAGAGACGAAUCGAUAUUUAGUGAAGAAAAGAUAAUAUUUGACGUCCAUGUGUAGACUUGUCCCGCAAGGAUGAGUCGUCUUGCUGGUCCUUUGUACGUUGAACCUGACUAAAUGUCUUUGACGAAGGAAGAGAUUUCUUUGAAUGUUUCGAGUUUUUAACUACUUAAUAAUGACAUUUAGGUGCUCAUUUUGAAGCUAAUUCUACAAAAGAUUAGUUUUUACUUUCAAUAACAUUUCGAUGUAAUGUUUCAUCCGCARACAUCAAUAUGUUUGCAGUAAUGAAAACACGAAUCAAAUAGCAGACAAAAAAUACUUCCCUGUUCGAUUGAGAAAUUCUUAGUUUAUGUUCAAGAAAUUUAAUUUAGAUAGUUCAAUGAGAGAAAUUGGAAAAUGUAGAACUUAUUUCGGCUUAUUCGUUUUUAGUGAGAGAUCGAUGUGAUUUCAAAUUAGGGCGUCAAGAAGGGCGCGAAUCGGUUUUGGGUGGGACACAUAAAUCAGUAAAACACAUUGAACAAAGCAAGCUAAAGAGCUUUUUGACCUCUUUAUUAAAAUAGCAAUUCCCUUCGAGAUAUUUUAUUCAAAUAGACUUCUUUAAAUUGCAGUUAGUGAUUUUCAAAUGAAAGAAUUUUAGAAGUUGACCAAGUCUAGAGAGAGGUUGACUUGAGACGGUGAAGAAUGCCCGCGUCUAAGAUAUAAAACCAGAUUAAAAUAAACUAAGUUUAUUUAUUAAAAUUGUAAAUAGAAAAAUUGAAAGCUUUAAAGUUAUGAACACUUAAAAUGUGAAUAAAUUUGAUAAAGUCAGUUUAUAAAGUAACAAUAUCGAGGUUUGAAAAUGCACGUUGUUGAAUGGGGGCUGUAGCGUUGCACUGAUUUCUCAGUUGUAGCGCAUGGAGGUAGAGCUCAUCAGAAAUAGCAAGACUUUUAAAGGAUCUUUGUUGAAUUUUGGCCCAACUUCUACUUUCGUAAGAAAUUAUCUUUCAGGUUUGUUAGGCUAAGGUGAAAACUCGAAGAAAAAAAGGCUGUUUUUGAAGUAAACGGUCUUUAAUGCUCAGUAACUUUUUCCACACGAUCAUUCGAUUUCUUUUGAACUGCAAUGUGUUAACUCGUAACUCUAACUUAAAAAUAUCGAGUUGAGAUGAAAGAUAAUAAACUUCAGUUUUAUGAUAAAAGUUUUUGAUCUCUACGAAUGUAAUGUAUGUAUAUUUUUAUUUGAAAAACUGAAGAAAGCAAGUCAUUCGUGAAAGGAAUUGCAAAAUUAAUGAACUGCUUUCAAAGCAUAAUGGUUCUUAUACUCCUAAUAAGACAUUUUUCGCCUUAACGAAACCCUUUUACUUGAAAAUCUCUUUUCAUAUUUAAAUCUAUAUUUUAUUAAAUAAUAUAGCAAAAGGUUACAAAACACUUCAAAAUUCUGUAAAAAACUCAGUUAUUUUUAAGSUAUAUCGAUCUAGACGGUUUAUACCAAGUUAACAUUAUAACUCGAAGAGUUUUUGCUAUGUUUCUCUACUUAAAACAAAAACAAAUUCUCACAGCAAUUGCUAAUGUAAUUCAACUCUUCGCUUUUCCGUGAAACUUGAUGACAUGCUGUCUGAAUUUAAGCCUUGAAAGUUUCGGUCAAAAUGUUUUCUAAAUCAAGCAUUUGUGACGUACUUCCACGUAAAAAACGUUUCUCUUAAUAACUGAAUUUGAUCUUUCAGUGGCUCUAAAUCGUUUUUCGACUGUUUUCUUAAGUAUUCUGUCGUUUUUUUCGCGUUGUGGCAGYGAAUAUGAAUAUAUUAUCUCUCUGGGAGGCUGAUAAGUUCGACCGCCUCAGAGCUUGAACUAACAUUCGGUAUUAUUAACGAAGGCGGGAGGUCGAAGCUCGUCCAAUCAACAAACGAGUUUUACCUACACAUAGAAGAGUCAUUUAUCAUCAAAGCUUACAUUUGGCAAAAGCACAACUCUUUCGAUUGACAGUCCAAAGAUAGGUACAAAGAACCCCAGGGGACCACACAGGGGGUUGUUUGUCAUGAGCUUCUUAAGGAUUAAAGUUAUUUUUCUGAUCGAAGGAUAGAAAUUUUUUUUGUUUUCAUUGCAGGAGAACAUAUGGAUUUAAAACGACCGGUUGUUAUGCAAAGGUGUACGUUAAUGUAAUGUGUCCGUUUUACUGGGGGUCUAUGGUCAGUUGUAUUAUGAUUUGUGUUUAGUUUUAUCGCUGUUAUUUGUGUUUUUUGUUAUUUAUAAGAUCAUCAUUAUUAUGAUUUAUAACUGAUUAUCCGAUAWAUCGAUUGAAUUAGCUGUGAGCAGCCCAAUGAAUCUGUUUUCAUAAAUAUAGUUAGAUCCGAGAUAAUGAAAGUUUAGAUUUCUUUUGCAUUUUUUCAGAUAGAUAGAUAGAUAUUAAAAGAUGCACGACAGCCAAACGGCUGAUAGACUACUUCCAUAAGAAGUGCCUAUACCAUUUUGUACAACUGAAAAUAUUAUGGAAACAUUCAGCACUAGUGUCAUAUAGAAGAACUAUUAGAAAUAGGUAUUUGUGGAAAGGUUUCAUGAAGCUAUGGACAAAAUAGAAGCAAUGUUAUAGUGUAGAAAUAAAGAUACAAAGAAUUGU